AUGAUGGCCAAUCAACAGAAGCUGCUCUUCGACCUGCUCCAGAAGAUGUCAACGUCCACAACUGCACCGCAAGGCACUCUAUUCGAAGAGAAUCGAAAAAUUCUCAUACAAUGCGGACCAAGACGACUGCUUCUACCUAUGGUUGAACCUGUGCAAAAACAUCUUCGAGAGGAUAUCCGCAUACGGCUUACGCGUCCGCACCGACAAAUGCCACUUCGUGAUGACCCAGCUGACCUACCUUGAGAGCGUCAUCACUGCUGCCACGCGGACCCGAUCCCAAAAAGAUCGAUCCCAUCACCAAAUGCCAGACCGAAGGAUACCGCCCAGAGAUGCGUCAGCCCCGUACACCACUCGGCGCACCACUCAAAAAGGACAUCCCGUCCAGAUGGAACUCUGAAUGCGACGCCGCUUUCGAACGCGCCAAGGAAAAGCUCGCUUUGGACGUGCUUCUGACUCACUACAACCCGGAUCUACCGAUCGUCGUCGCGUCCGACGCUUCAGACUAUGGAAUAGGGGCAAUCAUCUCCCACUGUUACCCGGAUGGAUCAGAGAAAGCCGUCUAUCACGCUAGCCGUUCUCUCGGCGCCACGGAGAAGAACUACGGACAAAUAGAAAAGGAAGGGCUCGCCCUCGUCUACGCUGUUUUACCGAUACGGCUAUGGACGCCACUUCACACUUCUCACAGACCAUAAGCCACUCCCGGCUAUUUCUGGAUCGGAGGAAGGAGUCCCCGCAUACUCGGCGAACCUCCUACAACGCUGA